AUGGGAAUAUGUGGAGGGGACCCUAAUUUCAGCAUCCUGGAAGUAGAAAGCACAGAAGAUCUGUGUCUCACACCACAGACAGGUGCAGUGUGUAGCCGGGGCAUCACAGAGGAAGGAAGCUCUGGGGAGGAGGCGGUGCGGCAGCGUGCCUCUCCGGCUGUGGAUUUGCUGGGUGGCAACCCCCAGGCUGCACAGAAUGUGGCUGGGGAGUCACCUCGGCAUGCCCCGCAGCCGGUCGCAGCUGCCCCCCGCCCAGUCCCUCCGUUCACCAAUCCGUCCACUGUGCCAUUGCCGGAGAGCAACGACUCAGCAUUCCUCGGCAUGGAGAACGACCCUCCAACAUCGUUGCCUGAGACUCUCCCGAUCAGAAGCAACUCUAAGGACAGUGUCUCAGAAGAAGUCCCAGCUGAGGAGAGCGUUUCCGAAGUUGUUGGAGUUGCGAGAUCCUCGCCAACAUCCCUCACCGAGGACUGUAGUUCCUCUGCUGAGAUGCAAAGGCUUCCAGCUCCCCUUUGUCCUCCUCUCUCCUCAGAUACACAGAUCGACAGCACAGUGCAAAAGUUGCAAUACGGGUCACAAACUGAUAAAGAGAAAAGGCACUCAAACAGUGAGACGAACGAGAUUCAGCCACUUGCAGAAGGUGCUGGACUUGUGGUUAUUGCGGGGACAAAGGAGAAACAGUCCGUCAGUUUGGAAUAUAAACCAGAAACUGAAACGAACAUGGAACUUGCUGAAAAAGAGCAGAGAGGCGAAAAUAUUUUCCCACAACCCCCAUCUCAAAUCUGUUUCACAACCUCAUCUCCUGUCCCACAAUCAGGUGUUGAUUUUGAACUCCAAGACAGCACAGAACAUGGGGUUGUGGAGCAGUCUGACAGGGACUCUCUUGUCCACGCAAAUCAAGGCAGCCAUAUACCUCCGUCAGGUGCUGCGUGGCAAGCAGGUGGUCACCAGGACUCAAAAUCAUCUCCGCUCCCCGUACCCUCCUCUGACAGUAGUGAGAUUAAACAAACUGACCUGUCACAAACACAGCCUAACAUCAUCAAGGAGAUCUCAAAUGAUGCCAGAGAAUCUCAGACAGCAAAUUCUUUGGAGUCAGUUGAGACAUUUGAGGAUGUUAAAGUGCUUGUUGAAACUUCUCACAGAGAAACACAACCUCCCCCAGCUGAAAUACUUGAGACCACAAAGGCAAGAGAAACACUUCACGGAUUAUACACUUUUGGAAACGAAAGCUCAGCGUCCAGCGACACAGCUGGCGACAUCCAGAGGAGCUGUGAUCGCCUCGAAGGAGAGCAGGUGGAGAGUAGCACAAGGGAAGAACAAACUGACGCCUCCUCAUCUGACUUCACAAUGCUGCCAGAGUGCUCUUCCACGCAGCAGAGUUCCCCAAAACCCUGCGCUGCUCCUCCUCUGUUUGACACAGGCAUAGUUGUCUCACUGCAGGCGGGGCAGGUGGUUGAAACAUCUCAUCCCUCCGAUCAACUCACCACAACAGAAACGUCGCUGGUUGCUGAACUUGCAGAGGCUCAAGAAAUCGUGGUUGUCAGGGAGGAGGCUCACAUCAGCGAGGAGUGGUCCGGCAUGCACCUGAAUCAGAGUUACCUGCUACAACGAGAGGACGGUAGCGUCUGUGAAGCUGCCAUCGUUAACGAACUUUCUACUGGAGAACCAAAGCUGUACGAAGAGCGGGUUCAGUCAGAUAUGGAGUUAGUCUCACAACCGGUGGAGGUGUACGAGUUUUGCGGCCUGGUGGAGGAGGUUGCUGAGGAAACGGUGUGUGCCACUAGUAGUGCACAGAUGCCUCACUCUCCGGGAUACGAGACCCCAGGAGUCACUGUUGUAAGUGCCACAAAGCCUGAGGCCUGUGUUUCUUCACUUGAAGGGACCAAAGAAACCCCCGCUUUGACAGAGACUCCAUCCCAGAAUAUUCAGAAUGUUGCCGUGCCCACAGAAACCAACCCAGGCGCUUUCCGCACCACUCUUUCCUCUAGUAUUAUAAAUCCAAAGCUGCUCCUUCUCAAACCGGGAGAAACUCCUCCCCUGAAACACCCACCCUCCCAUUUGGCACAGGUGUCCAAGCAACAGAAUGCGGCCGGCAAGCUGGCCAAUGCCCACAGCUCUUGGCCUGGCACAAUGUCUGAGGAGUGCCUUCCCCAAACUGUCUCAGCAGCAGACUCUUUAUGUGCGUCUGUGGCUCUUAGCAGCCAGAAAGAUCAGGUGCAGUGCUCCGUCAGUAAAAAUUCAGUGACGGCGGCGGUGCCUGUAAAGGUGCAGCAGCCUACGAUGAGCGGUAACAUCACACCUGCGUCUGUCACCCCCACAAGUAAAUCUGAUAAAGAGGCCUUAACCGUUACUAAAACUUCAGCAAGUGAAGCCGUGUCCCAAGAUGUUGUCGCACCCACCAACGCCACCCCACCUACAACCCCUGACACCCUUCACGUGCUCACAACGUCUGUGGAAGGGGACAGUGCAACAUCCACCAGUCCCAAUAACCCCACCAGCCAACCUGACUCCCUCUACGCGGAGGACGAGAGUGAGGACAUGGAGCAGGAUGAGCCCGCGGGAGAAACGGAGGCUCAGGAAGUCACUUCAGGACAGGUUAGCAGUCCAGAGGAAGGCAGCGACGACGAACCCGACGCUGACAAAACAGAAAGCGAAAUAACCACUCCCAGCUCGUCACACAAGGUGCGGCAGUGGAUCGCGGACAGGGUCACCGUGAAUUCAUCUCCCGUCUCACCCUCCACCUCCUCCUCCUCCUACCCCGGACCCUCACCCAUCAGCGAUUGGUCCACACCACGACGGGAGAGGUCCUCACCUCUCCGGGGUCCGCACGGCAAGUUCGUCUCUCCUUCCUCUGUUGGUGCCUACAGUUUGUCCUCUUCCCCUCCUGAUCAGACUCCUCAGCGAUCCCGCGGAGAGCGUCACACGGACAUGGCAGAGCUGGCUAAACAUGAAGCCGACAUCGAGCAUCGAACCCAGGCAUUGAAGCGAGAGGGCUUCUGGUCGAUGAAGCGUCUCACCCGCCUGACGGAGCCGCCGCGACCCAAAGUUCACUGGGAUUACCUGUGUGAGGAGAUGCAGUGGCUCUCUGCUGACUUUGCCCAAGAGAGGCGGUGGAAGAGAGGUGUGGCUAGAAAGGUGGUACGAAUGGUGAUGCGACACCACGAGGAGCUGAGGCAAAAAGAGGAAAAAGCCAAGAGAGACGAGCAUGCUAAAAUCAGAAGAGUUGCAUCUUCUAUUGCAAAGGAGGUCCGGGCUUUCUGGAGCAGUGUUGAGAAGGUGGUGCAGUACAAGCAGCAGUCCAGAUUGGAGGAAAAGAGGAAGAAGGCUUUGGACCUUCAGCUGGAUUUCAUUGUUGGCCAGACAGAGAAAUACUCAGACCUCCUCAGCAAGUCACUCGCACCCACCCGGCCCGCUGAAACUGUCCCUGUGACUCCCCAAAAAUCCCUGCCUCCUACCGCUGAUGAGGAAGACAGAGACUUUGAGCCUCCAUGUGAAGAGGAGGAUGAUGAGGAGACAAUAGAGGUGGAGGAGCAGCAGGAGGGCAAUGACGCUGAGAGCCAUCGGAGAGAGAUUGAACUGCUGAAGGAGGAGGGCAUGCUGCCCCUGGACCAGUUACUCAGCACCCUCAAACUGCCACAGGACUCAGGCUCAGAGGAAGAAUGCUCUGAUGAGACCUCUUCAUCAGUAGAGGAGGAAGAGGAAGAUGGGGAAUUCACUGCCAAUGAAGAAGAUGCCGAGGAUGAGGAGGAUACGAUCGCAGCCCAAGAGAAGGUAGAAGGAAAUGUGGAUCACGCAGAGGAACUGGACGACUUGGCCAAAGAAGGUGACAUGAGUAUUGAGGAGCUGCUGGAGAAAUACAAAGGAGCUUAUGCCUCAGACUUUGAGGCACCUUCUGCAUCUGGCUCUAAAGCAAGCUCUGACUCUGAGGUGUCUGGGGAUGAGGAGGAGGAGAGCGAAGAAGAUGAGAGUGACGUGGAAAGCAACACUUCCUCCUCAGAUUCACCAGGAGACAGUGCAGAGGAUGAAGACAGUGAGAAAGAAGAGGAGGAGAGUGAGGAAGAAGAGGAUGAUGACUGUGGAGAUGAAGGGAUGGAGGUAUUGCUGAAGGAGGGAGACCACAGCCCACCUUCCUCUAGCUCGCGGCCAAAGAAAGAAAUCAGCCACAUUGCUGCUACUGCAGAGAGCCUGCAGCCUAAAGGCUAUACUUUGGCUACGACGAAGGUCAAGACCCCCAUCCCAUUCCUGCUUCACGGCACAUUACGAGAAUACCAGCACAUUGGACUCGACUGGCUGGUCACCAUGUACGAGAAAAAGCUAAAUGGCAUUUUGGCUGAUGAGAUGGGUCUGGGAAAGACCAUCCAGACUAUCGCUCUGCUGGCUCACCUCGCCUGUGAAAAAGGUAACUGGGGCCCUCACCUCAUCAUCGUCCCCACCAGUGUGAUGCUGAACUGGGAGAUGGAGCUGAAGCGCUGGUGUCCUGGGUUUAAAAUCCUCACCUACUUUGGCAGCCAAAAAGAGAGAAAGCUAAAGAGACAGGGCUGGACGAAGCCUAAUGCGUUCCACGUGUGCAUCACUUCGUACAAGCUGGUGCUUCAGGAUCACCAGGCCUUCAGACGCAAGUCCUGGCGCUACCUGAUCCUAGACGAGGCUCAAAACAUCAAGAACUUCAAGUCUCAGCGCUGGCAGAGCCUGCUGAACUUCAACAGCCACCGCCGGCUGCUGCUGACAGGAACUCCUCUGCAGAACAGCCUGAUGGAGUUGUGGUCUCUGAUGCACUUCCUCAUGCCCCACGUCUUCCAGUCGCACCGCGAGUUCAAGGAGUGGUUCUCCAACCCGCUGACGGGGAUGAUCGAGGGCAGUCAGGAGUACAACGAGGGCCUAGUCAAAAGGCUGCACAAGGUGCUGAGGCCGUUCCUUCUCAGGAGGAUCAAGGCCGACGUUGAGAAGCAGAUGCCCAAGAAAUACGAGCAUGUGGUGCGCUGCCGCCUCUCCAAGAGACAACGCUUCCUCUACGACGACUUCAUGGCACAGGCCUCCACACGGGAAACGCUGGCCAGUGGUCACUUCAUGUCUGUGAUUAACAUCCUCAUGCAACUCCGCAAAGUGUGCAACCACCCCAACCUGUUUGACCCUCGACCCAUCCAGUCUCCCUUCAUCACGCAGCGCAUCGUUUUCCACACAGCCUCCCUGGUGCAGGAGGCCCUGGAUGUCUCUCCUCUGAAGCGCUGCGACCUGUCGCUGUUCAACUUUGUUAGUUUGGAGACCCGUGUGUCCCGGUACCAGGCGGAUGUCUUCCUGCCGCGCCACAAGGUCAGCCGCCAGCUAAUCCAGGAGAUCAUGGAGUCCCCUGAACCUCCUCCGAGACCCAGACCUGUACGCAUGAAGGUCAACAGGAUGUUCCAGCCGCCUCCUAAAGGUGACAACAGGCCGGUCCUUCUGAUGAACAAACCUACCUGCUCCGUGCCCCCUGCAGCUCAGACCCCCAGACCUCCUCCAGUAACCGAAGUCUCUGCAACUCCUGCACCUGCUCCUGUCGUUCAACAAGUGGCGUCCAACCCCCCUCCCCGCCCGUCCAUGCAUCCUGCGGCUCAAACUGCAGUGAGAUCCAGCGUGCCCAAGCCGGUGCUGACCGUACGGCCUCCCACUGCUCCCUGCACAGCCAGUAUUCCUGCUCACGCAAGUCCAAGCCCCAGCAGCGUCAUGCCCCAGAGGGUUCUGCUCAGUCCAGAUAUGCAAGCCAGGUUGCCUUCUGGUGAGGUAGUGAGCAUAGCCCAGCUCGCCUCCUUGGCGGGCCGACCUGUGUCGUCAUGUCAGGGCAGUAAACCCGUCACCUUCCAGCUUCAGGGCAACAAGCUGACUCUGUCUGGAGCCCAGAUCCACCAAGUCCCAGCAGCUCCUCCACGUCCAGUUCAAGGUAAUGUGAUGCACCUGGUGUCCAGUGGGGUGCAGCACCACCUCAUCAGCCAGCCUGCUCAGGUGUCUGUCCAGAGUGCAGCCAACACACACCCUGCGAACACCUCCACUGCUCCCCCUGCGAACCGCCUGCCUCAUAAUGCCUCCUCGCAAGUGCCCUCCUCCAUGGUGAGCAGCCCCGGCGUCGUGAAGAUCGUUGUGCGACAGUCAGCAGGCAAGGAGGGCGGGCCUGUUCCCACCCUGGCAGUGGCCCCUUCCCCUCGUGUUGCUCCUCAGGCAUCCCCUUCCCUGCACGCCCAUGCCAACACAACCCCUGUCAGAAACACUGCUCCACUGCAAAUUUCCCAGCGCACCCCCGGUCCCGCUACCGCCCACUACACCAUAGCUCCUCCCAGAAACCCUAGCUCCACCCUGAACCAGCCCCAACCCCCUCGCCCUGUCCUCAAAGUAGUGCAGCCUCCUUCAUCAAGCACAGAGCAGCCAGCUCCAGCGACCCCCUCAUCUUCUGUGUCCAAGGCUUCAACAGCACCACGUGACAACAGCAGCAGCAGUAGCAGCAGUCAAACACCGGCAACCACCAAGUCGAGGCCCAGUGCGGGGGCAAAAGCCUACCCUCCACCCAGGAAAGUGCCUCGGCCACCCCCUCGCUCUCCGUUCCACAUGUCAUGGCUAGCAGAGAGUCACAAACAGCAGCACGACAGCCGGCUGGACUUUAUCAUUCGAGUCAACGAGCAGCACUGUGGAGCAAAGCCUGUGUACGGCCUGGAGGUUUUGGACUUCCUGACUUUUCUCCCCAGUCUUCGUCCCUCCCCGGCCGCCCAGAGCUCUCAGGGCGAGUGGGGCCGAUCGGGUCACAGCAGCUGUCUGUUCGCACAGUGGCAAAACAAAUACGACUACUGGUGUCAGAGUCACGCUGUGAGAGAGGCCAUCCACAGCAUCGAGGAGAGGCUGGAGCUGCUGAGUGACAUGAUAGACAGGUACACAUUCGUGAUUCCCCCUGUCGAGGCUCCUCCAAUCUCCAUGCACUGCUGCCAUCCUCCUCCCUCCCUGAGCCACAAACAGACAGUCUUCUCCUCCCUGCUAUCAACUCAAGUUGCCCCACUCACUCGCAGUCUCCAUCGUAUCCAGUGUAACAUGAGGACCCAGUUCCCGGACCUGAGGCUCAUACAGUAUGAUUGUGGUAAGCUUCAGACUCUCCACACUCUGCUGCGAAAGCUGAAGACAGGAGGCCACAGGGUGCUGAUCUUCACUCAGAUGACGCGUAUGUUGGAUGUCCUGGAGCAGUUCCUCAACUACCACGGACACAUCUACCUCCGCCUGGACGGCAGCACCCGCGUGGAGCAGAGACAGGCCCUCAUGGAGCGCUUCAACGCAGACCGUCGCAUCUUCUGCUUCAUCUUGUCAACUCGCAGCGGAGGUGUCGGGGUGAACCUGACCGGGGCAGACACUGUGGUUUUCUACGACAGUGACUGGAACCCCACCAUGGACGCCCAGGCACAGGACCGUUGCCAUCGUAUAGGCCAGACCCGAGACGUCCACAUCUACAGGCUGAUCAGCGAGCGCACAGUGGAGGAGAACAUUUUAAAGAAAGCCAACCAGAAGAGGAUGCUGGGAGAUAUGGCGAUCGAAGGAGGAAACUUCACCACUGCCUUCUUCAAACAGCAAACCAUCCGAGAGCUGUUUGAUAUGAAUGACGGAGAGAAGCGAGAGGUGGCCGUGGAGCUGUCGGUGCCCCAAGCUGAGGAGGAGGAGGCCGUCAACAAACAGAGCACCACCAUUCUGGAGCAGGCCCUGUGCCGUGCUGAGGACGAGGAGGACAUCGUGGCAGCCUCUCAGGCCAAAGCAGAGCAGGUGGCAGAGCUGGCGGAGUUCAACGAGAACAUACCGCUGGAUGACGGAGGGGAACAGGAGGAAGUGGAGGAGCUCUCCAAGGCUGAGCAGGAAAUAGCUGCUCUGGUGGAGCAGCUCACUCCCAUUGAACGCUACGCCAUGAACUUCCUGGAAGCCUCAUUAGAAGAUGUUUGCAAAGAAGAGUUGAAGCAAGCAGAGGAGCAAGUGGAGGCUGCCAGGAAGGGCUUGGACCAGGCCAAGGAGGAGGGGCUUAAACUUCACGCCUCAUCUGACGAUGACGAUGACGACUUUUUGUCACCGCCAGCGUCUGUGGAGCCCGCUCAACCAGCUCCUGCCCGCCGUGGCCGUAAACCCAAGGACAAGGACAAGAUAGUCACCUCCACAAGGACCAGUGGUCGGCUUCGUGGCGCCUCGCCGGAAACUGAGGCUGAGCCUACGACCCCUAGAGAAGUGCCUGAAAGACCCCGUCUUGGUCUGAGAGGACGAGGAGCUGCCAAAGACACAGGUGCUGUGUCUACCACCCCGUCCCGCACAGACCAUCAAAAAACCUCCUCAUCAACAAGACUCCAAGACUCCACCAAAUCUUCAAAAGCUUCAUCACCUGCCCGAGACCACCAGACCACCAAAACCAGGACUCUACCAAACCGCUCCCAUCCCAGUCCAGUGCCUUCCCCUCCCUCAACCUCACCCCCUGGAGGGAAACAACAGGGUGUCAUGGAGACUGAUGGCAAGAGCUCCAAAGCCGGCAGAGAGGACAAGGAGGCGGAGAAUGAGAGGAGGAUAUCUGAAUCGUCGCUCGAAUCCAGCGGCCCGGCGGACAGUCAGACAAAAGAUGAUGACAGCAAAGACCACAGCUCCAUGUCUCCCCCCUCCACCAGUUCCAGGUCGCCUCGCAAGCGCCAGUCUGCAGAUGGUGAAGUCCUGCGGGGCCUGGUUGAAGACUCCCCAUCAGCCAAAGUGUUGCGGAAGCUUCCAGGGAGGCUUGUCACUGUGGUGGAGGAGAAGGAACCGAGAAAGAGAAGGCGGCGUGGAAGCGGCACUGGAGGUGGAGGUUCUUCAGAAGAGGCGACAGCGGAGGAGACCGCUGCUGGAUUUGUUGAUGAACCGAACAAAGACAUCACACCGCCGAGCCCUGACAGCAAGACUAAAGAGACUGUUACCAAACCCCCUCAGGAUCAAGACUCCACCCCGAGUCCGUCAGUGCAGCCGCAGCCUGUCAGAAGUUAUCCUCCAUAUUCUCCACCACAUCUUUCUCCUGACAUGCCUGUGCUGAGAAACCUUCCUGUACGCCGCAGGUUGGAAACUGAAUCUCGCAUGGCCGCUCAGCUGGGGGAGCAACAGCAGCAUCUGGGUCGAGGACGGGGAGGAAAUCAGGCCAGGAAAACAGACACGCUGCCAGGCAAAGACGCCACUUCAACCUCCUCAGAGUCCAGCGUGAAUUCUCUUGUGACACCUCUGAAAAGAAAGAGGGGCCGGCCCCCUAAGACUCCCCCGAGGUUACCUGAGCCUGACAACACAGCGACCCCUUCCCCGCAGCCCACCUCGCCAAGUGAGGAGGGGAACCCGCCUCUCUCCCCAAAACGGAAGAGGGGUCGUCCCCGCAAAGACUCCACAACCACGCCCGACACUGUUAGUGAAGGACAGAACUCUAAAAAAGAGACCACCCCUACUGAUGUAUCUGGUUUAUCAAAAACUGAUGCUAGCACAGAGCCAGCAUCAUCAGAGACCCCCACAGCUGCUGUCGUCAGCACAGGUCAGGCCUCCCAGUCCACCACGGCUGAGGAAACAGACACUAAGACUGAGGUUUCAGCCCCUGCUCCAAAUCCAGCACAAACCUCCACACCAGCCUCAGCUUCAGUCCAAACACCACCUGCACCUGCACCCCAUGUGACCCCACCCCUCCCUGUGGCUGCCUCCACAUCAGCCUCAACCCAAACCGUUAGUUCAGAUCCGGCUACAGUUCCGACCUCAGCCGCAACAUCAACCCACGUUUCCUCUGCAUCCUCUGCAUCCUCUUCAACACUUUCCACAUCUGCAACCAUCCCAGUCACUGCUACCACAACUACCACAACUCCACCUCCACCUCCACCUCCACCUGUCAGCACCGUUUCAUCAUCUCCUCCAGGUGAAAAACCAACACUUCCACCAUCUACAGCUCCCAUAGAGCCAAAACCUUCAACUUCUACAGCUGUGAAAACAACAGGAUCAGACACUGCCAAAACUACCACGGUUACCACACCAGUUGCAACUGCACCACCCACCACGGCUGUCGAAGCAGUUCCAACAUCAGUCCCCGCCACAAUAAUCACAGCAGCUACAACCAUAGUAUCAAAACCAGUAAGUGUUACACCAGCAGUCACCACUACAGUGAAACCAGUCACAACAACUGAAGCUAUUGCAGCAAAGGACUCGCCGCAAGCCUCUGCUCUGUCACCUUCAACAUCUGCUCCAGCUACUGUAAGCUCCACCCCAGCUGCCACUUCCUCAAGCCCAGCUACACCUUCACCAAAACCAUCCUCAACGUCUUCCCCCACUACAGCAAUAACUACGACAACAACAACAACGAAAACAGUCCAAGCUUCUUCAUCCAACUCAGCAGCAACCAUGACAACAGCUGCAGUAAAAAGAGUACAACCAGGUCCAUCAAACCCAACAACAGUUACGACAACAACUCCAGUAAAGACGGUGCAAGCAAGUUCAUCAAACCCAACAACAACGAUGACAACAGCCCCACUAAAACCAGUGCAAGCAGGUCCAUUAAACUCAACAAGUUCUUCGACAGUCCCAACUGCAAGCCCAGCCACGUCUGGCAGUGCUUCUUCAACACCACCAACAAAAACAGCUGCCACAUCUGCUGCAAAUACAGCUCCAUCUUCUCCAGCCCAAACAAGGACGCAUGUAACAAGCACCAACGUCCCAGCCAAACCGGUGCAAACAGUGCAAGAGGCUGCACAGGAAAAAGUAGCUGUCAAGUCCCCAGCAGUAUCUCCCAGUCCAGUCUGCACCCCUUCCCCAACUACAACCACCGCCAGUUUUACUACAGCCGCAGAAGCAAAGGUGGUUGCAGUAACUUCGUCACCCCCAACAGAAGGAGUCAAAGGAACAACACCUGCUGCAGCAGCAGCCCCCUCCGAAGAACACACUCCUACUACUGCUCCUCCUGCACCAACCGCAGAAAAGACUGUCAACAUCACGCCCCCAGUAACAACUGCCACAGAUGCUGUCGCCACAACUACGUCAACCCCAGAAAAGUCAGUUACAGUUGAUUCCACAAACACUGUUGCAACUACCCAAGUAUCCACUAUCACAGCUGCUCCUGAGCCAGUAACGACAACCACAGCUGCUCCUCCUGAGUCCACCCCCCAAAACUCUGCACCCACAGGUGUUUCCCCAGAGGUGUCUACACCAACCCAUACGGAGGCCCUGCCCCAGAUACUAACAUCUGCUCCUUCCAGUGUUUCAUCUGAGAAACUAUCUACAGAGUCUAAACAGAAAGUUUCUGCUUCUAAAAGUGACUCGGACCCGGUGACAGAAAUGGAAGUAGAUGCUGUGGUGGCCGGAGGGACAAGCAAGGAGGAGGAUGACAAAAAGCAGGAGAUCUGUAAGUCUCAGCCUAAAAGGAUAAAGGUGGAGAGUUCCUCUGAGACCCAAGACUUGGAGCCAGGAAGGGAUGGUGCAGGCGGAGAAGCAAAGACUACAACCACCCCUCAGAAAGAAGAACCUAAGCAACAGGUUCCAACAGUGGAGGAAGCUACUGAAGAUCAGAAACCUCCCAAACAGAAAAGGCCACUUAGUCGCCAGAGUAGCCAGGAGUCCACUCGCUCUUCUUCUCCAUCAUCUGGAGGCUCUACCACAACCCUCACUCGCCACGCUCACCACAGGAGGACGUACGAAAACAGACAUCCUGCAAAGAGGAGGCGAGUAGACGUCACCUCAGAAGGGGACGAGGAGAUAAAGGAGGAAGGUGGGGAAAUAAAAGAGGGAGGCAGCAAGGAGGACCUCUCCACCUCUACCUCUCGGAGGAGGCACUCCAGGUCUUCCUCAUCCUCCUCCGACUCAGACAACAGCAAGAGCAGGAAGGAGCACCGGCUGACUCGCUCAGCCAAGAGGAGGCUGCAAGAUCAGGAGAAGGAGAAGGGCAACAGCCGGCCAGGGAAGAAACCCGGACACAGCGCUGACAGAAACGCAUCCAACAACGCCAACGCAUCUACAGGCGGAGAGUCUGGCAGCGAUACAUCUUCUGUCAGGAUCACCAGAAAGUCUGCGGGAUGUCAGCCUUCACAAGACAGUAAAGCUCAGACGAACAGCGCCCCCUCGUUGCCUCCUGAGCCUGAGGUCCUGGGGAAGAGAUGCUCAGCACUCAACGCAGCAGCCAAGCUUCUCGCAAUGAAAGGCAGAGUGGACACCCCCGGCCACACCACCCGGAAAGACUCAGCAGCCAAGUCCACCGGGACUUCGCCUGCCUCCUCUUCUGACAAGAACCAAAAGCCUAAAAACAAAAGUGUACCAGCCUCUCCUCAGAGCAACUCUGUAACUCUUACUAAUAGUAAAAGCAGUGGCAGCAAAACCUCAACACCCAGUCAGUCAAGCCGCUCUGCUUCCCGCUCCACCAGGCAGUGCCCCGGUUCUCUGGUUCCGCCCCUGGAAGGGGAGUACAAGAGGUGUAAGCCAGAGGAAAAGGACAGGGGGAGCAGGAAGCUGUCAAGGGGAAAGGAAGGCGAGGCUGAGGCCCAGUCUCUGUCCAGGGGCCACAGCGCCUGCAGCAGCAUGAGCAGUGACGGCGAGGGCGACGGCGGUGGACGCAGCAGCAGGAGUCGCAGCAGCAGCAACAGCAGCCAACGGACCCAUAGCAUCAGCUCUCAAAACACUGAGCACAGAGAGUCCCGCUCCCGCGCCGCUUCCUCCGGCAGCGAACGCGAGAGGGACCGCAGCUCGGAUCGGACGAAGAGCAGAGACAAAAAAGAGAAGCAGGGCCAACAGCGGGAGAGCCGCAAGGACAGCAGGAGGUCUCAGAGGCUCUCGCAGGAGGUGACCAGCGGUUCAGGAACUGAGGGGACACCGGACAGGGUGCUGCGGAGCGUCGCGGCACUCGCAGCGGUGCAGGCCCGGUCACCGGCCGCAAGCACCCGCUCCUCUGCCAGUCAACAGCGUCACAACAAGACAUGAUCGGAGUGCCAAAGGGAAGCAAUGGAAUCCAGAGUGUUGUCUCAGAGCACGAUACGAGAGCUCGUCAUGACCUCCAAGGUUGCUGCUUUGUCUGCACUCUUAACAAUGCAAGGGAUCUGAGUGCUGCACAAGCCAGGGACCUCCCUGCCUCUUGGGCCCUCUCCCUUUCCAAUUGGAGCUGGUCCCCUCACCAGCUCAGCUAUUGUCGGCUGGGGGAAGGCUCAGGGACGCUGGACUGAGGGUAAAAAAAAAUGUGGCGCCAUCAUUGUGCGUCCCUAAACAGACAGAGAAAUGGUGCAGUGGAUAAAUUCACCACUGGGACUUGAGGGGGGGACAAAGGUGCAGGAGGUAAUAAAGGCAAGUUGUUAGUUCACAUAAUGUACUGUACUCAUUAAAGACUGGAACACUCAGAUCUUAUGUGUUAAGAUGGGAUUAUACAGCACCCUCUAUCAGGGUUAGAAAUGAAAAGUCAUUUGUGUGACAUAAAAAACUUUCGAGUGACCAGUUGUAUUGUAAGUUGGAGGUUUUAGAAAGUUUGGUUUUGAGAAUUUCGUCAGCUGUCCUGACUAUUGUUUCUUUGUAGUCAGUUGAUAAGUUAUGCAUAUUUUAUUAUUUCUUCCAGGGUAUUAGGAAGAGAAACAGAUCUGUCAAUGUGAUCUUUGCUGCACUAUGCUGGAGCUUGUCUUUGCUUGGGUCCCUUCUUUUCCAUGUCGAUUUCUGUUCAUUGGAUUCAUUUUUAAAUCCAGCCUUUGCAUUUCUCAUUUGCACAUCUGAUAACAUGGCCCUCGGCUUUUUGAGUACAUUGUGGUCUAGUAAUUUGUUUUCUUUUUUUUUUUUUUUUACAUCAACUUGAGUGAAAUAAUUGGUUCCUGGUAUCUCACAAUGUAUCUCUUCCCGUUUGGAAAUGUAUUAAUUGAAGUCGCAAAUUGUCAUGGAAGACGUCACAUCUGGAGACAAAACCCGAAUCUUCCCAAAGGAGGUUAUUGUUUAAAUCCACUUUGUCAUGUAUUUAUAUUGAAAGGGCAAGUUAAUGUUGUUGAAAUUAAAGAGUGCCUCUUUGGCCAAAUGGGUUUGAACCUCAGAUUGCCUUGUGAAACACCUGAAGCCGGGGUGUUGAGCUUCUAUUAAA